AUGGAGUUGCCCAAUCUGAAAGGCGACACUCCACUUCACCUUGCAGCUAGGGAAGGGCAUUCGAAGGUUGUGGAAGCUCUCAUUGAAGCUGCAAAAGCAAGAUCUGAAGAGAUCGAAAGUGGGGUUAAAUCAGAUCAUAAGAAAAUGAUGACGAUGGUGAAUAGUGAGAAGGACACAGCCUUGCAUGAGAUAGUGCGGUAUCAUCACACUGAGGUGGUGAAGUUAUUGAUCAAGGAAGACACUGAGUACACCUAUGGUGCUAAUAUUACGGGUAAUACCCCUCUUUACAUGGCUGCCGAGAGGGAAUUUGAUGACCUGGUAGAGAUAAUCAUACGCAACGAUCGCACUUCAACAGCUCAUACUGGCGUCGAGGGUAGGACGGCUUUGCACGCUGCUGUAAUUUGCGGUCACCCAGAUUGUUCCGAGCAGGUUGAUGAUAGUGGCAAAAAUGUUUUUCACUUUUCCAUUUUGAACCCGGGAAACAAUCCCCUUGAACUUGAUACCAACUUAAAUAUGAGAGGACUUAUAAAUGAGAAAGAUUCUGAAGGAAACACACCCCUCCACCUCCUUGCUACUUCCCAACUUUCUACUAGGAAUUUCAUAUCCGACUCCAAAGUCGACAAGAUGGCGUUUAACAACAAAAAAUUGACCGCCAAGGACAUCUUGUUUUUGAGGGAGGAGGAUCUCCAUGGAGAGAAGGUAAGGCUGUUCAACGUAAUUUCCAAAUAG